AUGAAGGAAGCGUCUCUUUCAAAGUUAAGCAACCUAGUUGAAAUAGUACAGGUAGCGGAGAGUUGUCCGCAAGAUUGGCUUCUUCACGGAAAUUCUUGUUACCACAUCAUCGACACUCCGACCGCUAAAUGGAGAGACGCUCGAGCUACUUGCCAGAAUCUGGGAGGAGACCUCGCUAUCAUCAGAUCACAAGAUGAGAAUAACUUUGCUCUUGAUUUGUUAAAGAAGCAAAAAACGGUAACAUAUUAUGGUGCAUGGCUCGGUCUUUACAGAAACCCGUCUGCUGGAGAUGCGUUCUACUGGAUCGAUGAUACUCCGCUAGAGGGUCAUCAGUUUUCCGCAUGGGCAAGCGGGCAACCGAGUCAUGUGCAAGAGAAAUGUGGCCACAUGUAUGCAGCUUCAGACAGAAUAGGGAAGUGGAAUGACAAGGAAUGCAGUUUGUCUGACGCACAAAGGAGUAAAGCCCCAGUCGUUCUCUGUCAGAAAAGGUUCAUGUACAUGUGGUCCUGA